AUGCUUGCCUGCAGCCCAUUCCCCAAGGCGUCUCUUGUCCCUCUGCUGAGGAUCACAUCAAUAAAGGGUGACAUCUGUGCAGCCGAUCACGGCGAGCCAUUUCAGAACACCAUUCUGCCUUGCCAAGAUCAGUAUUUUGUAGGAGGCCAGAGUUAUAAUUGCCCGUAUUCCACUACAACGUCAGAAUCUAGUGUUGAUGUUUCCAAGGAGACUUGGGUCUCUUUCUGGGCUGCUGGUCUCCUGGACAACGCUGAGCCCCAACAAGCACCACAGACACAGGAGGCAUCUUGCGAUCUCAGUGUCCCUGGUCUGGAUUCAUGUUCAUGGGAAGAGGCUCAGCUUUCCUCUCAGCUCUAUAAAAAUAAACAGCUCCAGGAUACUCUCCUACAGAAGGAGGAAGAACUUGCUAGGCUACAUGAAGAGAAUAAUAACCUCAGACAAUACCUGAAUUCUACUUUGGUUAAAUGUCUGGAAGAAAGGGCAAAGAAAUUGCUCUCAUCAGAUGACUUCUCCAAAGUGUGUGGAAAACUCAGAAAAGAGAAGAGGAAACCCAAAGAACACAGGCAUCCCCCUGCUGAGAUACCCCAGUCAAAAACUGCCAAGAGAAACCUCUCCACAGAGUUUUCUAACUGUGAAGGACAACCCGGGCCCUGUGUGGACCCCUGGGUUCUUCAAACCCUUGGGUUGAAAGACCUCAACACCAUUGACGACACCCUUCCAGCUAACUACAGUGCCAUUGCCUUCCAUCCCAGAACAGUCCCCAGUACAUCCCCCCAAUUUCUACAUGACACAGUUGGCUUUGAAACUAUUCCUAGAGAUUUGCACCUUGACCGUGGAGAGAACAGACUACAUGCCUCCCAUGGCAACACCAUCUAUCAGCAAGACUGUCACUGCUUUCCUAGGCUUUCCAAUCCUCCGGUAGGGGUGCAAACUCUUGCUUUCCACAGUGGAGAUGUGUCACCCAACAAGACAGAAGUGGCCUUUUCCACAUCGCUGAGCCCUCACUGCAACGUGAAAACACACUCUUUCCACCAGGGACAAGCCUUUGUGCGCAGAGAUGAGGAGGGAGGCUGGAAGUUUACCUGGGUCCCUAAGCAACCUUAGCGACCCCUCUUCUAUCACAGAGUACUGCCAGGACCUCUGUUUACAAAGAUCUCUUUCACAUGGACUUGACCAUUCAGAACACAACAGCGUU